AUGCAACAAGUUGGUGAACCAUUUCCCAGUGAAGAGUUACGUGGAUCAAACGACUACCAGGGGUGUAAGUGGUACAGAACAGAAGGGGUACACAGCUCCAUGGACAGUAACAUUGUUUCCACUGGCGCCGCAUGCGAGUAUUCGGGUCCUUGCGUUCUGCGUUCAUUCAGAACUGCCCCUGCCAUAUCAUGGGAGUCUUUUCAAGUCAUUCGUAAAGGGAAGGUUGUACUGGGCGGGGCACAUGAGGGAGCAAUCGCAGAGGACCUCGCCAAACUAUCCAACAUCUACAACAAAACCGACGGCCCUACUAGUACUAAUACCAAUUCGAAUAAUCCCUCGGGUGCACGCGGUAACGACAUUAACCUACCGGUGAAGUCUAUCGGCAAGUUCUUGGAGGAUCAGCUGCCUGGGUUAUGCGAUAAACGAGGUGAUUCACUUUAUCGUGGUGCUACAUUUCUGCUCUUGGGGGUCUUGACAGGGAAUAUUGCCCUCGCCGAACGGUGUCUUGAGUGGGGGGCGAACCCAAAUGAAAUGAGCUUCCUCAGCGAACCCUUUGCUACUCUGGAUCAGAUGCGGCAUGGCUACAGCCCCAUGUUUGUUGCCAUCAUAACAGGUAAUAUUGCUAUGAUGAAUUUACUACAUAGCGCAGGUGGAAGCCUCAUUGUGUACGACCGCUGGGGUCGCACGCCCCUGCAUGCUGCUUUGGCACUUGCUGACAGGGAAGUGAUCCAGUGGCUGGUAGAAAAGGGAGCUCCACGUUGCCUUGGCAAUACCGCUCCUGUGCUGCAGGGCGUCACGAUGUGCCCUGAUUUGUCUCCAGUAAACCUCGCGCUAAACCCCCGUCCUAAACUGAGCAUUGGCCACCAGGUUGGUUUACCCGGGAACGACGAAGCAAAGAUUGUAGACAUGAAAGAGGGAGAUACAGAGAAGGCCGCAUUGUGCCAUUGUUGGUCAGGGUUGCCGAAGGGAUACUGCGGUUGCAUAGAUGACAUGUUCCUUCGAUGGUCCUACGAUCGCCUACACUCGCGCUGGCAACCAGGGAUAACUUUCACCGAGACAUCUGCGGCCCACCCGUCAAAGGCUUCAAAACGACCGAAGGCGGCCUAG